AUGCAUUUCCCGCUAAAAAUCAUCAAGGAAAAGUAUCAAAAACUGUUUCCAUCCUCGCCCAAAGAAGAUCGCUCAUUUGAGGGACCUGCAACUCAGCCAGAAGAGCAAGCCAAGAUCGAUUCAGUCAGUGAUGCAUAUACCAAAUGGCUCUGUGAUCUCUGGCAUAUUCUUCAAAAACAGACCUAUCACCAAAUCAAAGUUGAUGAUCUUGAAGCUUUCGGUAUCCGCCACGAAAAAUUGGAGUUGGACACUGGAGUCGAUGGCCUCCUCCAACCACUUAACGAGAACACCUUCUUCUUACCGAACUUUGAAAAAGUCAAAAAUCUUCAACCUGAUCCAGAUCAAUGGGAUUUUGAAGACCUCAUGAUCGAUCUAGGUGAAUGGCCUGAACCUUGGAAAUCGCCUUGGAAAUCAGAAUUCUAUAGAGCAGUGGACAGAGACCACGCGAGUUCAUUAUGUUCAGCACUUGAUGUCGCCUUUGCCAGCCUGAAAUGGAAGGAAUACGAAAAGAAAGAGUCAAUAUGUCUCCAGGAUCAGACAGAUUGGAAACCCGCGCAUUUGGAUGAUAUGUAUGUUAACCACUUUGUGUCUAUUGACAGUGAUUUCAGCGAGGCAUUCGAUUUCGAUGACUGGCGUGUGUCCGGCUUUUGGCUUGACAGCAAACGGGACUCCUGGCCUGAGAAUAUCUGGCUUUCAAGAAACAAGCCACAUAUUAUGGUGACAAUAUCACACGACUGCCCACACGACAACGGUUCUCUUCUUCUCUGUGAGAUUCAAGCCAUCAUAGAGCUCAUGAUUGUUCGACUCGUCAACAAUUCCGUUCCACAGCACAACAUUGUUCCUGUAUUGCUAUAUUCCUAUACAGGUGAUAAACACGGCCGAGUCUUGCAAGCUUACAUGGAUGAUAAAAAUCUUGUCAUUCGAACCAGCAAGUUCUAUGACUUCAGUGCUAAGCUAGAUGCUAAUUUGAAGCUCUUGCUUCAGUACAUGGUCGGUGAUCUCGUAGGGUCUACCAUGACUUUGACGCAUCCACAACUCGAGUCAAUAAAUCCUCGCGUUGGCUUGUUCAGUGAUCUGGUAGGGUCUGAAACUACUCUGGAAACUCCAGAUCCCAAAUCUAUUGAUCGCACCGAGGACGAGGACUCUGACUCUGGCUUUGGUUCCACUGGUUCGUCUGGUUCGGCAUGA